AUGACGUCUGAUCCAAAUUCACAUAAAGUAGGUAAGGAUAUCUGGACACUUACUGAUCUUGAAGAAAUAGUUGCUGCUAUUGCUUCACUUGGCGAUCGUUAUAAAGAACUAAAUCACGAGACUUGGCGGUUAGAUUCUAAAACAAAAUUAUCGACUUCACUUUCGGAGCAACCUAUUAAAAAAUUAGAACUUGAUAAUACUGAAAGAAGGCGCCACUCUUUGUACAAUAUAUGGAGAUCAACAGUUCAUUGCGUUCCUGAACGUGUCAAAAAAGAAUUAGAAAGAAGAAAGAAAAAUAUAAUUGAUGAAGAUAAUGAUAAUAUCAGUGCAAAAGAAGAAGUAUCUGUUCAAAAGAAUAAUAAUGUACAAUUACUGCCCGAUCCAUCAUUACCAUUACCUGAACCGCCGAAUACACGAACUCGUAAGGGAAAAAUUGUAAAUGGUAAUAUUGUUGAACAGUCAACUGUCAGUGAAGUAUCAUUUAUUUUGACUGCAACUGAAUGA